UUUUAAUUAACAUAAAAAGUCUGAAUAUCGAUAAGAAGCUCAUGAGAAUGGGAGUAAUUUUACACGAAAAAAAAACAUGCAAUUUUGCAACCAAAGUUGUCAUUUACUGGUUAUUCUGUGCGGUGACAAUUAAUUUCGCUGCAAUAAUAUGGAAUAUGAAAACUUUGAACUGGUAUGAGAAUUUUUUUGUGGUUUGUUCUCUUCAACACCCGCUCCAUGUUAAUUUUUUGGUGAAUUUGCUUUUUUGUUCACUGAUUCGAAAUAUGGAAAUCAGGUUCAAGAAAAUUAACGAAGAGCUUAUUAAACUUGAAUAUAAUUCGCAUGUCACAAACAUUCGAGGUAAUGAUAACAAGCCGGUUUAUAUUCUUCAAUUAUCCAAAGAAAUUCAUUUGGAGUUAGAACAGCAAUGCGGUAAAAUAACGCGAAUAUUCGGGAUUCAAUUGAUAAUGUUAAUGGCCUCUUUGUUUAUUUUGAUGACUGUGAUGAUUUACAACUUAUAUGUAACACUUUUUGGUCGGAAUAUCCCAGAUUGGGCUUUAAGAAUUUCUAUUAUCGCAUUUUGGAUUAUAAUACAUUGUUCGAAAUUAUUGUUCAUCAAUCACAUUUGCUCCAGAACAGUAAAUGAGUGGAAAAAAACCGGAGUAAUAAUUCAUAAAUUAGAAUCAAAGUUUGCAAAUGCCGAAAUUUGUAAAACGAUUCAACAGCUUUCGAUACAAAUGAUACAAAAUCCAUUACAGAUUUACCCCUUGGGAUUUAUACAACUUGGACAUUCAUUUCUGCAAGGGUUUUUUGGAACACUUGCUACUUACCUGAUUAUUUCUAUCCAAAUGGCUCCUAUUAAUGGGUAAUCGUCAUCAAAAUAAAACAAAACUUUGAUUUUUUGGAGAUUUCAAAGUA